CGCAGUGUUUUAACGCAUCUGGUGGAAAAGAAGCUUUGACUUAACUCUGUGGCAGCACCAACAAAUACACCUCGGCUCAGCAAUGUCUGAUUGAUUUAUGUUGUAAAACCUGCGUCAAGAUUGCAAAUCACUACGGAAUCGCAUUGAACAAACCUCACAGAAAACAAAUCCAGUUGAUAUACAUACUUUUUUUUUUAAGGAAGCUGGAUCGCUAACGAUGUUACGUUAGCAACAAGCUAGCUAACGUUAUCUAUAUCCACAUGUACGUGUGGUGGUCAACGUUUCACACGGUUGGGUGGCACAACAGUAUGGUCGGGGACGGUGUCAUUUACAAGCUACUGCCAACCAGAUUAUCUCAGUUAGCUAACGUUAGCUAGCUGCUUAAUCUGUCGCGCAACCCGAACCGUUUUCUUUGAUAACUCCAAAACUACGUCAACGCUACCCCAUCCCUGCCCACCCAGGCAGUCAGUGGCAACAAAACAAGAGAUCGGAGAGAUGACGGCAACAUCAUGUCUGAGAGAUAUCCUUUAGCCGAGAAAGGCCUCUCGGAGGGCUAUGCGCGAUUUAGGUUCAAGGACACGUCGCUGCUCAUUUGGCAACAGCAGCAAAUGGAGCUGGAACAGGGCCCACCGAGUAACUACCUCAGUAGGAGUCAAAGUACGUGGUACAGUCAGAAUGGAAACCAGGCAGUCGUAGUACGGGACAAACGAACUGUCACAGUGGAUCCAACUGCUGACACUGGAAGUUCCAGAAUAUGUUUGAUAAUGUGACAGUUAUAGUGACACACAUGUAUUCAUAUGCCCUAUGCUUCUAUAUUUGUAAACGGCUUGUACAAAAAUAUAUGGUGCAGACUGAAGUUGAUUAUUUGUGUGCUGAAAGACGUCUGCCAGAAAUAUGUUAUGACCAUUCACUGGCCGACUAAUGUGCUGGUCAAAGCAAAGUAAGCCUGUGCAUUUACAUUGGGGUAUGGCAGUAUCAUUUAUAUAGCAUUUUUGCAUUUCAAUGCAGUAUUAUUGUAAACUGACGAACUGCGGUAUUGUCAAUAUAUGCGCUUGUAUCACAACACUUGUAACAAAACAAUUGUUGCAACAGCAAGUGUAGGUUAAUUAUGUGUAUUGUCAUGUGAAAUAGAAGUCUGCACUUUCAAUUCAA